AAAAAAAACAAACUCGAAUGGAUUUUAAAUGUCGUCUCACUGGGAGACUCAUCGAUUUCUAAUAAUUUAAAUUUGCUUCAUUUGGUUUAUUUUACCAUUUUUCUUAUUUAGUAUUAUUAUUUUUUAAUAAAAAUGUUGUGUCGUGUCGUUUUUUACGGUUCUAAAAAUUAAAUCUAUGAUUGUGGUCUAAUCAAGAUAGUAGGGAAAGUAAAUACAGAGAACGAGUUAUCGUAAAACCUUAGAUGACCUACGUUUCAUAGUCCACUAAUUAAAUUUGUUCGGUGCAAGAAUACCUUCAUUGCAAUAUAUAUUACUAAUAGUAACGUUUACUCCCAAAUUUCCGUAAACUCCCAACUUUGGAAUCUGUGUCGACGGCGCCAUGUUGUUAUUUACUCUUUGAUUUUACGCUGGUUUUGUUAUGGGUUUUGUUGUGUUGUGAAAACAUCAGUGCGUGAGCAUGUUGGAAGAUGUCCCAAUACACGGUAGUCGCCUGGAUGCAAGUAAUAAACCCCCAACGCAUCAAAGAAACCUCAGUUUGGACUUUCGGCAUGUGACGGGCGCGAGUGGGCCGCCGGCAGGAUGCGGCCAUCAGAGAAACAGGUCUCUGGAUUCCGUUCUCCAACGGAUACCAGAGGAUAUGACACCGACGUCGCCGGAGGGCGGGCCCGCCCGCUUCCAGGGGGACAUGGGCCGUAUUGCACCCCGUCUCGCCCUCCCGCCUGAAAUUCCCGCCGGAUCCGAUGACUCAGGCAUUCACACACCCCCCGAUGGAAACGACGAAGAAAGACCGACCCCCGCCGCGGCUAGAUCGCGAGAAAGCCUCGAUUCUGGCAAUCCGGAAGACACGGAUAAACCACCCGAUCCACCUGAUACAGCCGUCGAGACUCCGGCAACCGCGGCCGCAAUCGACACGGCCAACCACAAAGACUUUCUCCUGCGGCUAUUCGAAAGUAAACUCUUCGACAUGAGUAUGGCGAUAUCAUAUCUCUUUAACUCGAAAGAGCCAGGUGUGCAAACCUACCUAGCCAACAAACUGUUCUCUUUCCCUCACGAAGACGUCGACUUCUACCUACCGCAACUAGCGACAAUGUACAUAGAGCUAGGGGAGGUCGCUGAACUACUGCGGCCGUAUUUAGUGCAUCGGUGUAAACAAAGUGCUGAUUUUUCACUUCGGCUCGCGUGGCUGUUGACCGCUUUUGGAGGUGACGUCAAGAGGUCUAGAGCGACGAAGCUAAGGGAUUCGAUACUAGCUGAGGAGAUACGGCCAGCCGCAAGGAGAGGCCACCAUAGAUCUCAAUCGGACGCCUCAGCGUUGAGGCUAGCAACGCCAUCUGGGAGACAUUUAGGGGAUUUGGCGUCUGGCCGGGCGUUCGAUAACGGAUGCCUUUGUGGGGAACAAUGUUCGUGUGGAGCACCACGACUCGCGCCGCAAACACAGUUCCUCACGGCCCUUACAAACAUCGGUCGUCGUCUCGCAAGCGUAGCAGACAAAGAGAGAAGAAAUGGCCGACUUCGCGCUGAACUGGCCACUCUUGAUCUGAACCUACCGGCUCGGGUUUGGCUGCCACUGCAUAAGAAGCCACACUGCGUGCUUAGGAUACCGCCUCAUGCCGCAGCAGUGCUUAACAGCAAGGACAAGGCACCCUACAUAAUGUACGUAGAAGUCCUCGAGACGGAGGGGCACGAGCCAUUGCCCCCUCGCCUUUUACCACCCGCGCCACCUGCCCCCCACUCGCCGCCCAUACGUCACACGAAAAGCGAAGAGAAUUUAGUGCCAGAGUGGCCAGCGCUUUCCAUGUACUCGGCGAUGGAUGACGUCGAUAAUAGCGAUUGUUGGAGCCAUGAUGAUGACGAACUAAGCACGCAGUAUCAUACAAGAGCACCGGCGCCUGAUUGUGUUUCCCAGUUGUCCGUGUUAUCAGUGACGUCCAUACAGUCCACCUCCUCUUGCGGGUCCCGUGAAUCAAUGGCCGUGGGUGCUGGUGAGGUGAGGCGUCGUUUGGCUGACGCGACUGCCGCUGCACCGCCGAAUACCUUCAAACAUGACCCUGCUGAUCCAUCAGCUGUGGCCCUUAAGGAGUCUUGGGAGAGCAAAUUAGCUAGGAUGCGAUCUUCGUCUCCUUACGGCUACUUGGCUGGAUGGAGGCUUCUUGGGUGCAUUGUUAAGGUGGGCGAUGACUUGCGUCAAGAGAUGUUAGCGGCGCAGCUCCUACGCCGACUGCAAGCCGUGUGGGACCUCGAGCGAGUCCCGUUGACGUUACGGCCCUAUGAAAUCAUUUGCCUCGACAAGGAGUCUGGCCUCAUACAGCCGGUACUGAACUCAGUGUCGCUGCAUCAGAUAAAAAAGCAAUCGGGGAAGUCGCUCCGGGCUUGGUUAGAACUGGAGCACGGUCCCGGGACCAGCGAAGGUUUCCUCCGAGCGCAAAGGAACUUCGUGCACUCGGCUGCUGCCUACGCCCUCACCAGCUACCUUCUGCAACUUAAGGACAGACAUAAUGGCAACAUUUUACUGGACAGCGCCGGACACAUAAUCCACAUUGAUUUUGGCUUUAUAUUCUCCAUCUCACCGAAAAACUUGGGUUUCGAGAGUUCGCCAUUUAAGCUGACACCGGAAUUCGUCGAAGUAAUGGACGGCGAGAAUUCAGACAUGUUCGCGUAUUUCAAGAUUCUUAUUCUGCGUGGAUUAAUCGCGGCGAGAAAGCAUUGCGAUCAGAUAUUGCAUCUUGUCGACACCAUGAGAAUGAGUGGUCAGUUGGCCUGUCUGCGCAGCAGUAGCUCCGUGUCGAACUUUCGUUCUCGUUUCCACGUGGGUCGUACGGAGCCUCAACUUCGACAACUCGUCGAUCGACUCGUGAAUGACGCACUCAACUCGCUAUCGACUCGUCUUUACGACAAUUACCAAUACUACACCAAUGGGAUACUUUAGUAUUGAUUCGAUAAAUAAUGAAGCAAACGUUGUGUACGUGCGUAUACGUUUUAUAGACGUAUACGUACGAGGACUUUAUGUCCACGUAUACGUACGUAUUUAAUACGAUUCACAGAUAUGAAUAGCGAUCGUGGUGUACGUAUACGUCAUACCAACGUAUACGUCAUACCAACGUAUACGUAUAAGUGCGUCAUGUUGACGUAUACGUACGUAUUUAGUAUGAAUAGCAAUUUUGAAUCGCGGUGGUUAUGUGAACGUCAUGGCUAAUGACGUAUGAUAGGUAAUUUGAAUGUUUAAAUUGUUUGGAUGUCAUAAUUUGUUUAGAAAUCAAAGUUAAUACUAGUGUGAAAUAACAUAAUACACAACGUAUUGAGCAAAUGCAUCAUAAAAUGCGUAGUUGUUCAAGAUAAUUCCAUAAUCUUUUAAAAAUGGUAGAAUAAAACGAACAUUUUAUUAUGUUAACAGUUAUAAUAAUUUUGAUCACAAAAUACUUAACCAUAUGAUCGUAGAUUCAUGAUUGCAUUAAUUUUGUGCCAUAAUAUCGGCCUAUUGCAAUAUCCAUUCGAUUGGCGUUUAUUCCUAAAUCAAUUACAAUGACGUCAUUAAAGUCUUCAGAAACUUAGGUCAGAAAUUAAUGGCAUUUCAUAUUUCCAACGUAUUUUAAUGACGUCAUCACGCGUUUUCACAUAUGGCUGUUUAAAAGGCUUUAGUGGCGCGUAAAUAUUAAUUUUUAAUGUUUUGGAUCCUGGGACCUGGAUUUUUUAAUCGUUUGACCCGUCCAUUGUCGUAGUUCCGUUAGAUGAGCGUAAUUGUUCUCUCUAUCAACCGAUAUACGAGGGAAAGAGAUAGAGAUUGCGUCGACAGAGUUUGAUCGUAAUGACAGAUUAUGUUUGGUAAAAAAUCACGGAAUAUUGUUGUUUUACCCAAAAGUCAUACAAAUUUGGGAAUGCUUACUUUUAAUUCUUUGUAGUUAAUAAAAAUUAAUUAUUAAUACGAGAGUAUUAGAAAGAUUCGUUUCUGAGUUUUACAUUAGACAUUGUUCGUCGAUUUUCCUACUUUGAUUGAAUUGUUUGCGAAAAUAUUUUAUAUUAAUAUUAGCCAAUUUUAAGACUAUAGGCGUUUUCUAGUGAAAUGACUUUCCACAAAGUCUCGAAAGAAAGAACAAAAUAAUGUUUUUCUGUAUUAAAGCCCUCUGAAAAUGUUAGUGUAAAUAUAUUUCGCAAUGAGAAGACUGAUUGUUUCAGGCGUGGAAUGGUUUAGAUUAGUUUCAUAUUUAAGUUUUUUAUUGUAAAUUGUAUGUGCGAGGAUUAGUUUAAAUAUUUAUAUAGAUAGGAUAUGUCCAAGACACCAAUUAACGUUUCGAUUUUAAUUCUUUAAAAACGCUAUUUAAAUUUCCGAUUUUCCAAUUCUAGAUUUAUUUCGACAUGUGUAAGUUCAUACAAUCAUUCCAUUAUUAUAUUGACACGGCUGAUUUUGGAUAGUUAUUCUAAUAUUCAGCAUUUAAACGAUGGUUGACUGGGAAUAAAUACUAGGCCACGGAAAACUUAAUUUUGAAGCCGCUAGAAAAUUGCCGAUGCCGUGUUCCUAAUGUUUGUUAGAGUUUAGGUCUUAUAAGGGUUAUAGUUAGCCGCUUUAACAAUUUUUCUGUGGAGAUAUUAGUUCGGGGUUUAGAUAAAUUCAUACAGAAUCUUUGGUCCCAUAAAAUCGGCUAGUAACGUUUCUGUCAGUGGUAUUUCUACUUUCGAUUCUACUUAUACGGUUCUGUCUGAAAUACCCUCUAAAUGUAAAUAUUUUGGAUAAUGACGGCUAAACAGACCGACUGGAUUAGGUGAAAUCUUGUUGAGAGAAUAUGAAAUUGUUGUCACGUGGUCAAUGUACGCUUAUAAAUGAGAAUAAUUUUGGAACAAUAUUUUUUAGUGCGUGCUCGAAAUGUAUCGUUAUGUAUGUGUCGACUGACAAGUAGAUAGCUUAAGUAUGUAACUUCGAUAUUUUAUCUUAACAGCCGAUUUUCCAAUUAUGCGGGUAGAUGAAUAAUGUGGGUAGUUUAAAAAUUUCUUCUAUACAAUGUUCAAAUUGGCAUGAUUGAAAAAUCGACCCUAUAUAAUCUUGUAUGUUUGUCUUAAAAUUGUAAAUAGGUUUUCUCAAUAAUGAAUUCAGUCCAAAUUUAAUGUUUCUCCUGAAAUUUGAUUAUUGCAUGUUAUUUAUCUCUGUGUACAGAUAAUUGUAGGUAAAUAACUAAAUAUGUUUAUCUUUUUUUAAUAUAAUGAUUAUACUACGAA